UCGGGGCGGGGGGUGCGAGCUCCGCGCUAUGGAGCGGUACGUGAAGCUGGGCAAGGUCGGGGAGGGAUCGUACGGCGUCGUGUUCAAGUGCCGCAACAGGGAGACGGGCCAGAUCGUGGCCAUCAAGAAGUUCCUGGAGUCCGAGGAGGAUCCGGUGAUCAGGAAGAUCGCGCUGCGGGAGAUCCGCGUGCUCAAGCAACUGAAACACCCCAACCUGGUGAACCUGCUGGAGGUGUUCAGGAGGAAGAGGAAGCUGCACCUGGUCUUUGAGUACUGCGACCACACUGUGCUCCACGAGCUGGACAAGCACCCCCGGGGGGUCCCGGAGCAGCUGGUCAGGAGCAUCACCUGGCAGACCCUCCAAGCUGUGAACUUCUGUCACAAACACAACGUAAGUCCCUGAGCUGAUUCUGCAGGGUC